AACAUGAUAUAUGUCACUUAUUAUUGUAAAUUAAUAAAUAAAAUAAAAUUUAACUGCCAACUUCCAAGUAGAGGAUAUAUUCUCGCAAAUAUUCCUGUUAACCCACAAGUGGACGGAAGAAAGUGAUAAGGUAUAUAAGAUCAGUACCCCGAGCACGAAAAAUUAUCGUUCUGGUUAUGGUAAUCGUAAUCGUAUUAUUUUCUAUGAAAACCAGAGCAGCGCCGCUACGGUCGUUUGAGGAACUAAAACUUUAUAGCACGAACUUAGUACUCUUGUAAUCGUUAUCGUAAUCGUAUAGUAAACGAUAGUUAAAGUAUGGAAAUCAUAGCACGAACACACUUUUGACAGAUCGUAUCGUUUUUUUCGACAGCUAACUAUCGUAUCGUGUCUCACCGAGCAUUUUACAGUGAGAGAACUCUCGUUUUGGUUGUGUUUCGUGAUAUAAAAUAUUUUUUAAAAUAAUAAUGGGUGAUUCAGUGCUUUAAAAAAUGUCUAUGUUAUCAAGGAACCGUCCAUUACGUAGUUAUUACUACUUAUGGCGUUUAUUUAAUAGCAUUCAAGAAGAAGAAGACGAAAUCAGAAGGUAACUAUAAAAUUGUAUAAAAAAUAUUUUUGGAUAUUUAUUAUUUUUUAAAGAAAAUAAAAUAUUUUUGCUUUUUAUUUUUUACGCAGAGAAAUAAAAAUUAGAAGUUAUUUGAGGUGAAAUUUCAAGCCCCUAGACUUACACGAAAGGGAGUUUAUAAAGAGGUAUCGUCUCUCUAAAGCUGCAUUCCAUUAUAUAUGUAUUGAGCUUAAAAAUAAAACCUCCUUAAGAUCCAGCAUAAGAGUCGAUUUAGAACAUAAGGUAAGGUGCUAAUUAUUAUAAUGAAAAAAAAUUACUAUGAGUUAGUGAAGUCCUAGUUUUCCUAUAUAAAUUUACUUUUUACAGGUAUUAUGCGCUCUAUCUUUUUAUGCAACUGGUUCGUAUCAGCGAAUUGUUGGUAUGGGCAAAUAUUUAGGGCAGACCACAGUCAGUAAAUAUAUAACAGAGGUUACUAAUGCCCUAAAUAACAGAAAUAUAUUAAGCAAGUUCAUAAAAUUUCCUACCAAUAGAGCUGAAAGAGAUAUCAUCAGGCAAAAGUUUUAUACACAAUAUGGAUUUCCCGGCGUUCUUGGGUGCAUAGAUGGAUCACAUUUCCAUAUAUUUUCACCACCAAAGGAUGUGGAACAUCUUUUCUUUUGUCGAAAACAUUAUUAUUCCUUAAAUGUGCAAAUGGUAUGUGACAGCGAUGGGCGAAUUUUAAAUAUUAAUUCGCGUUAUGGUGGAGCUACACACGAUGCAUUCAUUUGGGAGAAUAGUGCCGUGAAUGAAUUUAUGCAAAGACUUGACCAAAGUAAUGAACAUACAUGGCUUCUAGGUGAUUCUGGAUAUCCGCAAAGACCUUGGCUGAUGACACCUAUUACCGACGCAGCUGAAAAUAGUCCUGAAGCUAAAUAUACCUCCGUUCAUGGUCGAACAAGGGUGGUUAUUGAAAACACCUUUGGACGAUUGAAAAAUCGCUGGAGAUGUCUCAGCAAGGAUCGGACUUUGCAUUAUAAGCCUGAGAAAUGUGCAAGAAUUAUAACUGCAUGUAGUGUUUUACACAACUUGGCCCUUCAAUUUAAUGUUCCUGAUCCUGAGUCUGAUUCUGAACAAGUUUCAGAGAUCGAGGACGUUUUAAGACCUGUGGCACCAGAGGAAAGGGCAGACACUGGAAGGGAUUUACUGAUUAGGGGCAGAGCAAUACGAACUCAGUUGGUACGAAGAAUCAAUAGUUUACAUUAAUAAGGAUAUAGAUUGUCAAAUUACAAGGAUUGAUUAUGUUAGUUAUUAGAUAAAUGAUAAGAAGAAUAUACAUCAAUAAUUUUAAUAGUUAAAAAAAAAACUUAACAUUUUGGUUGUUUUACUUAUCACUUACCUCUAUAAUAUAAUACUAACUAACCUUAUAUAAAACUAGUCAUUCAUCAUGCUUUUUUCCUUCCAAACAUUUAUAUAAUACACUCAAAGCUUCUUUCAUAAAUUCCAGCCAUUUAGCUUGCAAUUCUAG